AAACUAAAAUGAGAGAAAAUCAUUUUAUUUUCUUUUCCUUCCAAAAUCCUCGAACCAAACAUAGUGUUCUAGCAUAAAUUGAAGGAAAACAGAGAGAAAAUAGGGAGACGGAUAGAGACGAGAGCCAGAUCGGAAUAGACGAAGAGCCGGCCUAGGGUUUCAACCCUAGGUCCGGCGCGGCGAUGACUCACGGCAGCGACAAUUGGAUUCCGGCGAAGACUAGCGGCAGCAGCUGGAGCAAUGGCUGGCGUCUAGUCUGAUGAAGAAGCUUGGACGACUCUGGCCUCUGUGCACGGCUUGACGAAGGAAAAACAGAGGGGAGUAUUUGUAUUUUCUUCCAUUAAUUGUUUUCAUUUUUAUUUAGGAUUUUGAAUUUCUAAACUUCUCAAUUUAUGAAUUUGAUUUCCAAUAUUAUAUAUGUUUAAUUUACUUUUAUUUUCAACUCUGGUUUUGUUUUGAAUAUUUAAGUUAUAUUAUAAGUGUUGAAUUGUUUGUGUUGGUGUUGAAUUGUUCAAAUUUGAUUUAGGGGCUGUUUGGCAACUUCUGAAUCGGUAAGUGCUGAACCAGUAAGAGGUCUGAAGAGGUCUGAACCAUUAAAAGCUAGUAUAUUGCUUAACUAUUCAGAUGCAAAUGUCUGAUCAAUUCAGAUAAGAGGUCUUAAUCAUUCAGACUUUGUAUGAUACUUAACCAUUCAGAGACAAAUUUCUUAACCAUUCAGACAUCUGAACCAUUAAGAGGCUGAAACAAACAGUCUGAACCAUUAAGUGCUGAAUCAUUCAGACAUCUGAACCAUUAAGAGGCUGAAACAAACAGCCCCUUAGUGAUUGAUUAUUGUGUUUGGAAUUAUGAAACUUCCGUAGGCCGGAUUGUUUGACAAAAAUGAUUUAAUCUCUGGUUUGAUUAUUCUUGUUAUAUAAUAUGGUUUUGAAGUUUUAGCCUUUGUGCUACUGUUAAAUCUAAACUCAAAAAGGUGUUUGAAAACUGGUCUUUGUUUAAACUUGGAUUAGAUCAAUUUAGGACGGCCGCCUAAACUCUAAUUCCAAUUGACAAUUUUAAGAUCUUGAGUACGUUUAUAGCUAAGAUUUUCAAAACACAAGUGUCUGGUUAAUACUUAAUUGGCUCCCACCCAGUUUUUAUUAAUCAGAGUUUUCAAACUAGCUAUGUUAAAUAGAUAUAGUCUACUGCAUAGUUGUUAAGUGAUGUUUUCCAAAGAACUUAAUGCUCUAUUUUUAAUUAAAUUUGGGGGCUGGUCAUUGAGUUGUUAAGAAUAGUAGGGUCUAGAGUUAGGUCAUGUCUUAACAUAAGCUAUAUUAGGGAGAAUAGAGAAGAACUGCAGGUGGAUCUCUUCUUCAGCUUAACCCUGAGUUUAAUUAGCAGUUUAGUUUUAAGAUUAAGACAUAAUUAAUUGAUGAAUCAGAUUUGUUCAGUUUAUUUUCUAUUAAAAACUAUAAGUAGUUUCAAAAUUGUUUAAGUUAAUUAUUAUUGUCUACAUUUUAUAAAGUUUAAAGGUGUGAUUGUUUUAUGUGUUUGUUUGUGGCCUUCGUAGAUGCUCUUCGUAGAAAGCAACCUUUGAGUGUUGAGGAGGCUAGCAUUCUUCACGACAGUCUCAUCUUCUACACAGCUCUAGAAGGACUAAAUCUACUUGAGAAGUUGCAUAUGACCAUUUUUUAUAAGAAAUUGUAUGAGCCAACAGAAAUUCAGAACGCCAUCAAUACCUUGCAUGCCACGGAUGAUUAUUGUGAAAUGCUCUUGGAUUGGCCUACAAGGGAAGAGUUUGUACUUACAAGAGCUUUAGGGAUGUAUUCGGAGAUAUCGUGGGUGAGCUACGAGGAGUGUUGGUUUACAUGCUAAACAAGGACCCAACUUUUAAUCCCCAUGAAAUCCAUACCAUCAAGAUGUUCUUUGAUUCCUCCGUGAUGAGAAACGAUGAUGUGGAGGUGUCCUCAAUUCUAGUGCAAAGGAUGGCAAAAAAAGCUACACAUGCAUCUCAACCUGCAGGAACAUCAACGUGAGAACAGAUGACAUAAUUGUUGCAAUCCCACUAUGUUCGAAACUUAUCUUUUGGCAUAAUUGUUGUUGCAUUACACUGUUAUUUCCUACUACUAACUACUUUUAAUGUAGUGUACAAUCCAUCUUCAAUCACUACAUAAUAUAUAGCAUUAUUUCAC